AUGAACACACUGCAACUCUUUUCUAGCACUGUAAGGAAAAUUCUGCUCGAUAUUGAGCUGCACGAUCUGGAACCAAUACGCAACCUGCGCGGCAGAGGGCAACUAGCGAAAGUCCUACAGGAUAAGCCCGUUCCGCAGCAGAACGCGGAGAUAGUAGUCGAUAGUCUUCCUGUUGCCGCAGGCGAGCCGGUCGACCUUGUCGGGGAUAUAGGACUGGUACGUGGCGAGGUUGUUCGUUUUGUACAGUUGGUCGGAGAUAAGCAGGAUGCCACCAGGGGCGAGGCGCUAGACGACCUGGGCUACGGAUUGUUCGAAUACUUCUGGGAGGAAAUAGGUAUAGACACCGCGGACGACGACGAGAUCGUAGGGGACUUCCGGGUCAGGAAGCAGAUCAAUAUCCUAGCCGUUGCAGAGGUAGAGGUAGACGCAGGCGGCCAGAUCGGCGGGGAUAGUGUCGGCGAAGUAGUCCAGCUAGCGCUAGCUAAUGUUAAUAGCGUCGAUGCGCGGGCAGUCUAG